AAAGAAGAAGACUUUAUAGUUUAGGGUUAAGUCAAAACGACAAAGUUAAACCCAAAAUCCGAAACAGAGUUCAGAUCAGAGCUCAGGAGAAGAGAGGAAGAAUCUUGAAUUUGGAGCAAAGAGAGUGUGUAACGAUGGAAGACGAUCGAAGUAACCCUCACGAACUCGAUUUGGAGAAAGGCGAGCGACCAAUUUGGUUGAUGAAGUGUCCUGUAGUUGUCGCCAAGGCGUGGGGGAAGCUAACUCCUCCUCCGCCUCCUUUUUAUUCCUCUUCCUCUGAAUCUAUUGACUUGGCGAAGGUUGUUCUCAACAUUGAUCCUCUACGACCUACCCCCGAGUUCACUAUGGAGAUGGUUCGUGCUGAGUAUGAGAACAUGCCAAAGAGCUACGCUGUGAAUAUGUUCAAAGACUUUGUUCCGAUGGAGGUCUUUUCGGAUGUCAAUCAAGUUCAUACAGCUGUUGAAGGAAAGGUCGAUCACAAAUUCGAUAUGAAGCCAUAUGGUGAAAACAUUGAAGAAUAUGCAAGGCUUUGUCGGGAGAGAACGAGCAAAGCCAUGGUUAAAAAUCGACAGAUACAGGUUAUCGAUAAUGACCGCGGAGUACAUAUGAGGCCCUUGCCUGGAAUGGUUGGUUUCGGUUCAUCCAAUUCAAAGGAAAAGAAGAGACCUGCCCCAGUCAAGCAAACAGAGGUGAAGAGGACGAGAAGAGAUCGUGGUGAGCUUGAAGGUAUAAUGUUCAAGCUGUUCGAAGGACAACCUAACUGGACAUUGAAGCAGCUUGUACAAGAGACGGACCAACCAGCACAGUUCCUGAAAGAAAUACUGAACGAGCUGUGCGUGUACAAUAAGAGAGGAUCGAACCAAGGGACAUAUGAGCUUAAACCUGAAUACAAGAAAAGUGCUGAAGAUGACACAGGUGGGCAGUAAAACCAAUCCCUUGUGUAGUAGUACUCUAUACAUGUGCCAUAGUCAUAACAUGGUUAUUAAACCCUGAGUCACUGAUCGGGGUAAAAAGAUUUUAGCAGAGAGGAGAAAAGAAGGAUUUUAAUUUGUCAAACUUUUUUAUUUUGUAUUAUUGACCGAAACAGACAAAUAUAAAAAGAGUGCUUUGUUUAUGA